AUGCGAGGACCCAGCGAGCCCCGUGAUGCCCUAAGGAGCGCCCCACCUAGAGCGGUGAGUCCCUGCUGCGGGACAUUUGGACUCAACACGCUGCAGCUCAUGGUGGCGCUCCGGGUCCGGCCCAUCAGCGUGGCAGAGCUGGAGGAAGGAGCCACCCUCAUUGCCCAUAAAGUGGACGAGCAGAUGGUGGUUCUCAUGGACCCCAUGGAAGACCCUGAUGACAUUCUGCGGGCACACCGAUCCCGGGAGAAGUCCUAUCUGUUCGACGUGGCCUUUGAUUUCACUGCCACCCAGGAGAUGGUGUACCAGGCCACCACCAAGAGCCUCAUCGCGGGCGUCAUCUCAGGCUAUAAUGCCACCGUCUUUGCCUACGGGCCCACAGGCUGUGGGAAAACCUACACCAUGCUGGGCACAGACCACGAGCCCGGCAUCUACGUCCGGACCCUCAAUGACCUCUUCAGGGCCAUCGAGGAGACCAGCAACGACAUGGAGUAUGAGGUGUCCAUGUCCUACCUGGAGAUCUACAAUGAGAUGAUCCGGGACCUGUUGAACCCUGCGCUGGGGUACCUGGAGCUGAGGGAGGACUCCAAAGGGGUGAUCCAGGUGGCCGGGAUCACCGAGGUGUCCACCAUCAAUGCCAAGGAGAUCAUGCAGCUGCUUAUGAAGGGGAACCGGCAGAGGACCCAGGAGCCCACGGCCGCCAACCGGACGUCCUCCCGCUCCCACGCCGUGCUCCAGGUGGCCGUGCGCCAGCGCAGCCGGGUCAAGGAUGUCCUGCAGGAGGUGCGGCAGGGCCGCCUGUUCAUGAUCGACCUGGCCGGCUCUGAGCGCGCCUCCCAGACGCAGAACCGUGGCCAGCGCAUGAAGGAGGGGGCGCACAUCAACCGCUCGCUGCUGGCCCUGGGCAACUGCAUCAACGCCCUGAGUGAUAAGAGCAGCAACAAGUACAUCAACUAUCGCGACAGCAAGCUCACCCGGCUCCUGAAGGACUCCCUGGGGGGGAACAGCCGCACGGUCAUGAUCGCCCACAUCAGUCCCGCGAGCAGCGCCUUCGAGGAGUCUCGGAAUACCCUGACCUACGCCGGCCGGGCCAAGAACAUUAAGACCAGGGUGAAACAGAACCUGCUCAACGUCUCCUACCACAUCGCCCAGUACACCGGCAUCAUCGCUGACCUGCGGGGCGAGAUCCAGCGUCUCAAGUGCAAGUUUGACGAGCAGACCAGACGGGGCCCGGCCCGGGGCCGGCUGGAGCGGGGCGACAUCCGCCACAUCCAAGCCGAGGUCCAGCUGCACAGCGGACCAGGCGGGCAGGCUGACAUGGGGCAGCUUCGGGAGCAGCUCAUCAGCGCGUUCCAGGAGCAGAUGGAGGUUCGGAGGCGCCUGCUGGAGCUGGAGCACCAGACCAUGGAGGUCCAGAUCGACACCUCCCGACACCUGCUCACCAUCGCGGGCUGGGAGCACGAGAAGUCCCGCCGGGCCCUCAAAUGGCGGGAGGAGCGGCGGAAGGAGUCCUACACCAAGGACGACAGUGAGAAGGACUCGGACACUGGCGACGACCAGCCAGACGUCCUGGAGCCCCCUGAGGUGGCCACGGCCCGGGAGAGCAUCACCGCCCUGAUGGGUGAGCAGAAGCGGCUACAGAAGCAGAAGGUGUGCAUGGUUUGGGGGGCAGGAAAAGCGGGUUUGGGGAGCUGGGGACGGGGGGGCGCAGCGAGGC